AUGCCUGAUCCGCUUAAUUCGUCGGAACUUCGGAGAGCAGAAAACUUCUUAUGUCGUUUAGCGCAAGCCGAAAUGUUUGCGGAGGAAAUUUCCAACCUUACAAGUGGGAAACGAGUCGCGAAAAAUUCGCCACUCAAAUGGUUGAACCCAUUCAUCGAUCGAGACGACAUCCUUCGUGUCGGUGGCCGGUUAAGCAACGCUCCACUGACGACCGAAACCAAACAUCCACUCGUCCUCUCUGCUAAGCAUCCGCUCUCUGCUUUGUUGGCUAGUUAUUAUCAUUUGAAGCUACUGCAUGCAGGUCCACAACUCAUGCUCGCUACUCUCCGCCAGAAGUAUUGGAUUCUGGGCGGAAGAAACUUGGUUAAAUCCGUCUUUCACCAUUGCCACACUUGCUUCAAAAGCAAGCCCACACUAGUCCAACAAAGCACAGCCGAUUUGCCAGCAUCGAGAGUCUCGCCAACCAGACCAUUCUCUGUUUGCGGAGUGGACUACUGCGGUCCAUUUUUUAUAAAGUCACCUGUGAAAAAGCGCGGUCCCACCAAGGCCUAUGUGGCCAUUUUUGUCUGCUUCUCCACCAAGUCAGUUCACAUAGAGUUGGUGAGUGACCUGUCCACCCCAGCGUUUCUAGCUGCACUUCGCCGCUUAGUUGCUCGUAGAGGAAAAAUAUCAGAAUUGAAUUCUGACAACGCCACGGCAUUUAAGGGCGCAUCGAAUGCACUACAUCGCAUCUAUCGCAUGCUGAAGGUCGACGAGGAUGAACGGAGACUCAUAUUCGACUGGUGUGCCGACAACGAAAUUCGUUGGAAAUUUAUUCCGCCCCGAGCACCGCAUUUCGGCGGUCUCUGGGAGGCCGCGGUGAAAUCGGCGAAACUACAUAUGCUAAGACUAUAG